CUGAGAGGCCUGUGCGCCGAGCUAAGGGAGGCAUGCGGCGGACGCGGAGUGCCGUGGCCACCGAUCAGCGGGAGCAGCGGCGCUCGGGUGCCUCCGGGGGCCUGGCCGGCGGCGAGAACCGCGCGCGGCGCUCGGGGAGCACGGCUCGGGCCGGGGGCGGGGGCGGGGCUACCGGUUCGCAGCGGUCGGCAAAGCCGCGGCCCAAGCCGCCGCCGUCGCCGCCGCCGCGGGCCCAGGAGGCGGCCGCCGAGGAGCCGCCGCCGGCGGACACCCCCUCCGCCUCGGUGUCUGCGCUCGACCUAGGGGAGCAGCGGGAGCGCUGGGAGACGUUCCAGAAGCGGCAACGGCUCAGCUUCGAGGGCACCGCCAAGCUGCUGCUGGACACCUUUGAGUACCAGGGCCUGGUGAAGCACACAGGAGGCUGCCACUGUGGAGCAGUUCGUUUUGAAGUUUGGGCUCCAGCAGACUUACACAUCUUUGACUGCAACUGUAGCAUUUGCAAAAAGAAGCAGAAUAAACACUUCAUUGUUCCGGCGUCUCGGUUCAAACUCCUGAAGGGCGCUGAGAGCAUAACCACAUACACGUUCAACACACACAAAGCCCAGCACACCUUCUGUAAGAGAUGUGGUGUUCAGAGCUUCUACACUCCACGUUCCAACCCCGGAGGCUUUGGAAUCGCCCCCCACUGCCUUGAUGAAGGCACUGUUCGGAGUGUGGUCACCGAGGAAUUCAAUGGCAGUGACUGGGAAAGAGCCAUGAAGGAGCACAAGACCAUCAAGAACAUGUCUAAAGAGUGAGCUCAUGCUUCCUCCUUCCCAACAGGGAGCGAGCAGUUGCUGUGCAGACCUGGGCCGCCAUCUCCACUCCCAAUGUCCCUGCGGUUUGCCACCAUUUCUUUAGGCAGCUCUGCCCUUAGCCCAGAUUUCAUGUGAGACAGCUGACCUUCUCCCUUCCCACCGACUUUUAUGUGAUAUUUUAGAGAAUAAACAUUUCUGACAUUAACGCUA